UCCGCCGGCUACCAUGCUGAGCUAGGGCCGGUCCGGCAGCUAGCCCGCCGCCCGCGCCCCGCUGCAGUCCCGCGCCCGCCCCGCGCCCGCCCCGCGCCCGCCAUGUCCGAGAUCCUGCCCUACAGUGAGGACAAGAUGGGCCGCUUCACCGCCGACCCCGAGGGCUCCGACCUCUCGUUCAGCUGCCGCCUGCAGGACACCAACUCCUUCUUCGCGGGCAAUCAAGCCAAGCGACCCCCCAAGCUGGGCCAGAUCGGCCGAGCCAAGAGAGUGGUGAUCGAGGAUGACCGGAUAGACGACGUGCUGAAGGGGAUGGGGGAGAAGCCGCCGUCCGGAGUGUAGACGCGCCGGCUCCGGCGGCGGGCUCCGGGCCCAGCCCCGCAGCGGCCAGGAGCGCGGGC